UGAAGGCGACUUAGGCGGAAGGAAACAAGGCUCGGGGACGAGGAUUUUCCUCUGUGUCCACAUUGUUCGUAGAUCUCACGUUGUUCUGUCACAUCUCUGAUUUCAAUCGCUAUUUGUGCUGCAAGGACGGGAGUCGAGCUAUGUAUGACAGGCAAUUGAGACUGCCGAGACGAGCACGAUCUUGAAGACUAUACAAUGUUGCCAGAUCGGUGGAGGGUGGAGGAGAUGGAGUGGUUCUUGAAUGGGUAGCAGUGCACUAGGUUCAGUACGCGGGUAGAUCUGUCGGGGAAGAAAGGUGCGGCGAAGAAGGAGUGACUGGUGCGUUAUAGGGGACGAGGAAGGAGGAAGAAAAGGAAGCUGAACAGGGUUGAGCUUGGUGCGAAAUUAGAAUUGGAAUUGGAAGUACGCAGAGGGAACUGACUCUCGAAGAUGGACGGUGUGGAAGAUACGAGUGGUGGUGAUGGCGCGUGGGAGCGGGAGAAGGAAAUGCGGCCCACUCCGGGCUUCAACACGCCGUCUCCGAUCGCGGUGAUCUUGAAUUACUGGAAAGAAUUUGAUCUUGAAAGAGAAAAGGGCAAGCUUGAUGAGCAAGGCCUUCGAAUCGGUGAAAAUCAGGAAAAUAGCUUAAAAAAUCGCAGGAAGCUCGCUGAAAGCACUCGAGAUUUUAAAAAGGCUGAUCCAGAGGAAAAGACCAAGCUGUUUGCUUCACUGUUGAAGGGCUAUCAAGAAGAAGUGGACAACCUUACAAAACGGGCCAAAUACGGAGAGAAUGCGUUCCUCAACAUUUACCAAAAGCUCUACGAGGCUCCAGAUCCACUUCCCGGACUCAUUUCAGCAGAUGAGCUGGCCACCAAAUAUGCUGAGCUGGAGAUAGAGAAUAGAAAGAUGAAGCAGGAACUGGAGGAAUUCAGGACCGAAGCCGCCCAUCUCAAGAACCAGCAGGCAACUGUUCGCAGGCUUGAAGAACGCAAUCGACUUCUUGAACAACAGAUGGAGGAGAAGGUGAAAGAAACAGUGGAAAUGAACAAGCGGAGCCUGGCGGAGGAAAAUCAGAAGAAUUUAGAAGUCCUGAAAGAAAGGGAGAGAUCGUUACAGGAUCAACUACGUGCAGCAAAGGAGAGUGUGCAGAACAUGCAGAGACUUCAUGAAUUUGGCCAAAGUCAACUCUUUGAGCUCCGUGCUCAAUCAGAGGAAGAACGGGCAGCGAAACAAUCCGAGUUGAAUCUGCUGACAGAUGAAGUGGAUCGAGCUGAAGCCCGACUUAUCAGUCUUGAAAGAGAGAAGGACCAACUUCGAACUCAAUUGCAGUCAGUUCACAACCAAGAAGCGCAAUUCCGUGAGAAGUUAGACAGCGAGACAAGCAGCAGCUUGGAAGCAUCUUUAAGUGUGAAAGAAAAGAUAAUAUCUGAGCUUCAUCUGGAACUUCACAAGUUGGAAGCAACGCUGUCCACAGAGAGAGAAGAGAAUCUUGCUGAGGUUAAAAAGCUGAGUAAUCUCAUCCAUGAAAAGGAUGGAGCCAUUGAAGACCUUAAACGAGAAAUAAGUGAGCGGCCAACGUUGAAAGUCGUGGACGAUCUUCGAAAGCAAGUCAAGAUAUUGCAGGCAGUGGGUUACAACUCUAUUGAGGCAGAAGAUUGGGAAAUUGCCACUCGCGGGGAGGAUAUUGGCAAGCUGGAAACCUUGCUCCUAGACAAGAACCGAAAGAUGGAGCACGAAUUAACACAAGUCAAGGUUCAACUUUCAGAAAAGACGAGUGCUGUGACUUUAUAUGAAGCUCAGUUGAAAGAGUUGGAAGAGAAAGUGGACGAGCAAAAGAAGCUCAUUACAAAGUUAGAGGAGGAUAUUUUGAAGGGAUACAAUUCGUCGGAUAGACGAACUGCGAAGGCUGACGACUGGGAAUCCACUGAAUCAGGAAUACCAACGGAUCUAUUUGAGCAUGGUGGUGGGGUGAAGCAGAGUUUGCCAGAUGAAGAGCGCAACUCAAUGCUUGAUGUCAUCUGUAGCCAGAGAGACCGAUUCAGACAGCGUCUCAGAGAGGCUGAAGAGGAGUUGAGGUUGGUUAAGGAGAGAAAUCGAGCUUUAGAAGCUGACCUUGAGAGGAGUAAAGCAGACAAUGUGAAGCUGUAUGAGAAGAUUCGUUAUGUUCAAGAUUAUACGCAGGAACGACCUAUUCCUCGUGGCAAAAAGCGAGGUGAGGACUUGGAAUCAGGUGUUAGUGUAGACAUCGUAUCCAAGUACAAGAACAUGUACGAAGAGGAUAUCAAUCCUUUCACGCAGUUCUCGAAGAAGGAAAAAGAACGUCGAUAUAAGGAACUUGGCAUACGGGAUAAGAUAACGCUUUCCAGCGGACGCUUUCUUCUGGGCAACAAGUAUGCUCGAACGUUCAUAUUCUUCUACUCAAUUGGUCUUCACCUACUUGUCUUCAUGAGCCUCUAUAGACUUUCGGCUGAAAGCUACUACAACGUCAGGAAAGACAGUUCUGUGCAGAAUUCGUUAAUUAAACCAGCUUUUCUUAAAGCCCAGACUUUAAACUCAACAGCAUUGCCUUAGUGUUAGCUCGAAUCAGAAAGUGUACGGCUGCUGUCUCAAACACAUCAUCCCUUAUAUAUGCUUGAUGUCAAGAAUUGCCCUCGCGGCUUCAGAGGCGAUCCACUUUUUCAACACAAAUGUUGGACCCAAGAUAUAUUAUUGCAGCUUUCAGGGGUCAAUAUUUUACAUGACUUGGUUCGUUCAAGAAGUCAGGGCAAAACGAGCAGUGGUUUUUUUAUGUAACCAGUUGUGCCUAUGUACAUUACAGUUAGAAGGAGCAUCAGCUGAUAUGAUAAUUUCCUGGAUAAAUCUUGGCAUGGGAAGUUUGCCAUGUUGUUACCACAAUUAUUUUGGCCCGCUGUGCACUGUCCAGCUUCAGUUGUUCGGUUGAUCGUGGCCAUUGCUGCUUGCGAAGGCUACUGGGAAGGAUUUGUCUCUCUGCGAGGGAACAGUUGAAUAAGUGUCAAGCCCUCAGAUGGAACUUCAGGAGAACACGUGGCAGUCUUCCGGUUGAGAACAUGCUCAAAACGAGAAUUCUCUACGGACGUUCAUUUUCCUGUGAACAGACACUUCGCAGUCAGGGCAGAAAUCUGUAUCGUCAUGUAUAGCAAGGCUCAAUGAUUUUUUUUAGACCCUGCUUUCUCAUGUCAAGCUUCAGGCGGGUGAAUGAUUGGAAUGAGAGAAAUUAUAUUUGCAAUUCAUCA